GCUUCGAGAACAUGACCGACGACGAGGUGCUCGCCAAGGACCGCGCCGAGCACCCCGAGUGCACCUACGCGACGAGCCUCUCAACCGCCUGCCGCAGCGUCAAUGGCGAUCGCACGUGCGAGACGAUCCGCAAGAUCUUUCGCUGCUGCCCGGGCAAACCAAAAGAACUCAUCAUCAACUCGAGCACCAAGGAAGAAGGCGCCGAGGACAACGACGCUGUCGCUGACGACCCGUUCCGCCACUUUGGCCCUCGCCGACGUGACGGGCCGGCCUCCUCGAUGGGCGACGAUCCGUUCGAGGCCAUGGACGGCCUCUUCCGCGGUAUGAUGGGCGGCCCGUUCGGAGGCACUUUUGGCGGCUUUGACCAGAUGCCCCGACCGCCGCAGCACGAGACGCCGCCGCACCACGGCUACGAACGCCCGCGGGCACCGCGGCGCCAGGCCCCACCGCAGAAAGAUGUAUUCGACGGCUUUGACGGUCGCGUGGAAGAAAUCUAGCCUUCAUUAUGCCAUG